ACUUUUUGGAGGGUCGCUCUAUGACGAUCCUCAUUAGCAUUGAUUGGAAUGACGAUAAGUUAACUGACGCAACGAAUAAGUUGGCAAGCGUCGGCAUCCGAACUGUCCGCGACCUGCUCCUCGCUGAUAGACAGCUAUUGUGUCGAACCGGACUCAGUAAUGAGACCCUGAACUUGUUAACGGACGCAGUAGUUGAACUUUCCCAAAGUAAACCGACGCCAGGUGACGUGGCUUUGGAGGAACAGAGAGCACAGCACAAAUUUCUGUCGACCGGCUGUCCUGGGAUCGAUCAGCUUUUGGAAGGCGGUUUGGCUUUGGGAGAAUUUGUAGAGUUUGCCGGCCCGCCAGCCACCGGUAAAACGCAGCUAUGCUUUUUCACAGCAAUUACGACAACCGCGGAUGACCCAACCGCCACUGUCCUUUACAUUGACUCUGGCAACGCAUUCUCCGCUUCCCGCCUGAGUGAUAUGUAUACGUACAGCGACCGCUUUCAGCAGUCGCGUGAAUCGGGAAUGGAUACCAAAAACAUUUUGUCGCGGGUGCGGUGUAUUCCUUGCUUUGAUGCGUUCUCUCUGGUGGACAUUAUGGAGGAGGUACAAAAGAGUUUGGCGGACAAGACGACAGACUUCUUCUCCAUGGUGCGCUUGUUGAUAAUUGACUCUAUAGGUGCUCUGCUGUCCCCCAUGGUUGGAUAUGGACAAAGUCAAGGGUAUGUCAUUAUGAUGACCAUCGCCCAAAUCCUCAAAUCGAUAGCGUUAUCACACGGUAUAUCCAUACUGGUAACAAAUUACUCGGUUUCAUCAGAUUUCAAAUCUACCGAUGUUGGAAGACCAUUCUCUGGGGGCAAAGAAGGGGCACGGAGAGAAAGAACGAAACCAGCUCUAGGAACGACAUGGAGCUACGUGCCCAACGUACGACUCUAUUUCACUCUUGAUGAAGAACCGAGCAUUGAAGGGAAGGAGGACGAUGAGGUCCUUACAUAUCGAAAUCGCCAAGGCGACAUCAUUCCCCUAGUAAAAAGAAGAAUAGAUAUAUACGCUUCACAUCGUUUGCGAGCAGGAGAUGGCUGUCACUUGUAUAUUGGUAGUUCAGAGCUACUGAGUUUUCCGUCACAAUAAAUGGGUCUCGAUUAGACAAUCCUCGUUUGCAUGCAUGAAAUUCAAAUGUAUUGACAGACAACAUGAACAUGCCCGCAACACCAUAAACAAAAUAAAC